AUGGGGAAUUGGUGUGGUUUGGGGCUCCAUCUCAUUUUCUUAUGCGUUUUUUUGGUUGCAAACACAUAUACUUGUCUGGGCGUUCGAAAUACCAGUGUCAUUAAUUGCUCUCAACAAGAGCGACUUGCUCUUCUCAAGUUCAAAAACAGUGUCAGAGAUCGUGCUGGAAUGUUGUCAUCAUGGGUUGGAAAUGACUGUUGCCUGUGGCGGGGAAUCCAGUGUGAUGGUGUCUCUGGAAAUAUUCAACGCCUUGAUCUCAAAGGAGAUUACCCCUACGUCUACAGCUACUACUACGACUACUACUUAGCUGGUAAUAGUGCGAGCUCUUCUUUGGCAGAGUUGAGGCAUCUCAAAUACCUCGACUUGAGUGGGAAUAAUUUCCAUGGUAUUAUUCCUGAGUUCAUUGGAUCCUUGAAACAGCUGACCUACCUCAAUCUCUCUCAUGCUUCUUUUAAUGGUAUUAUUCCUCCUCACAUUGGAAAUCUUUCUAAUUUAAAGGUUCUUGACCUCAGUUCAAACAGAGGGUUGAUAGCAGAUGACAUGGCAUGGGCUUUUGGGCUUUCAUCGCUCGAGCUUCUAGACUUGAGUUCAGUAGUAUUUACUGAAGCACAAGACUGGGGCAUGGUGCUUCACAUGAUGCCCUCGUUAAUAAAGUUAAGUUUGUCAUGGUGUGGACUUUCCAAUGCUGAUCUUGGUCCUUUUCUUAAUUCCAGUAGAAUACUUCCCAACAUCCAACACCUUGAUCUUGGCUACAAUUCUUUCAAAGCUCCACUUCCUGCAUUUUUUCAAAAUAUGACAUCCCUAGCAUUCCUAGAUCUUUCAUACUUUAAUCUUAGUUCGGGAUCGAACUUUGCAAAAUUGCUAAACAUGAUCCCUUCUUUAUCAGAGCUGCAUUUGUCUGAUUGUAGCCUCGAUAUGACACAUCUAUCAUCCCACCGUCUUAAUUUCAGUACAUUUUUUAAUAUCCAACACCUCGAUCUUAGCAACAAUCCACUUGGAGGCGAUUUUCCCUCUUUUUUGGCAAACAUGACUUCCCUAAGAGUACUUGACCUUUCAGAAACCAUGCUGAAUUCAUCACUUCCUAUUAUGCCUAAACUUACGGGGCUUGAUCUUUCUCGUAACAAGUUUAUGCAGGUUGAGGAUGUUGGAAUCUGGAGACAGUGCCACCUGAAACAAUUGACCGUGGCACAUAAUGAGUUUGGUAUGGAAAUGAUUGACUCACCAAAGAACAUAUCAGAAUGCUCCCACUAUGCUUUGGAAUAUAUGGAAUUAAGGGAUUGUUUAAGUGGUAGAAUUCCAGAAACACUUGGAAGACUGGGGAAUUUAAGACACCUUGAUCUAUCGCAGAACGGACUGACUGGUUCAAUCCCUGAAUCUGUAACAGGAUUAAGAUUUUUACAAGUACUAUAUCUAUAUGAAAACCAGUUGACUGGUCCCAUUCCAGAAUUCCUUGGGAACCUUACCCAACUUGACCUUUCUUCUAACCAAUUGAAUGGUUCGAUUCCAGAAUCCCUUGGAAAAUUAGCAGCUUUAACAGAUUUGAGUGUGGAAUCUAAUUUGUUAAAUGGGACCAUUCCAGUUUCAGUUGGGAAACUUGCCAAACUUCAUUCUCUUCUUAUCUCUAACAAUUCUUUAGAAGGAGCAGUUAUUGAAGCUCAUUUUGCUAACCUUUCGAUGUUGAAGUACUUGGAUACUUCUUUUAACACUAAGUUGACAUUCAAUGUUUCAAGUGGGUGGAUGCCUCCAUUCCAGUUGAUAGUUCUUUAUCUCAGUUCCUGCAAUAUCAGUAGUGGAUUCCCACAGUGGCUUCGAAAUCAAAGGAAAGUUAAGGAGUUAGUGUUGUCCAAUGCUAAAAUUUCGGGACCACUGCCCACAUGGUUUCGAAAGAUGCCCAUCAUUCCUUGGUUAGAUCUCUCUCACAACAAACUCAGCGGACCUUUGACAAAUCUUCCCGAUGGGGGAAAUGAUGAAGUGUUUUUAUUUGAGUCUGACCCUACAAUAUUUCUACAAUAUAAUACUUUCAGUGGGUCGAUUCCAAGGUCACUGUGCAGAAGAACAUAUUUACGAGUACUUCAACUUUCGAAAAAUAUGUUAAGUGGGAAAAUUCCCAAGUGUAUGGGGAAUCUGCAGGCUUUGAGUACCAUGAGAUUAAGCUCAAAUCGGUGUCAUUCCAAGCUCCAUAGGUCUUAG